AUGGCAUCAGACGCCUUGUCUAAGCUGACAAGCUCCAGCAUUAGCGACCAAAAGAGGAGUGUCAUGGUGGAGAUUUUGAAAGAGCGAAGUGUAGGUACCGCCACAGAAACCGUUAAUACAAUAACCUCAGAACCAGAGUGGUAUGACGGCAUAAAGGCAUACAAGCUAACGGGAGAGCUCCCGGAGGAAAAGAUGGCUGCCCAGAAGCUGAAAAGAGACUCGGCAUGGUACUGCAUUUUCCAGGGCCAGUUAUACAAGAAGGGGUUCUCCCUACCCCUACUAAGGUGCGUCACGGCUUGUGAGGCCACAAAAGUAAUCGAAGAAAUCCACGAGGGGAUAUGUGGAAACCAUAUCGGCGAGAAAGCGUUGGCACUAAAAGCGCUUAGAGCAGGUUUCUACUGGCCUACUAUGCUGAUGGACUCCCAGACCUACGUAUAA